UCAACUUGUAUUUUAGUUUUAAUUUUGUCUGAUUUUACCUAUAGAAACAAAAUGCAGGUAUCAUUAUCUAUAGCUUUAGUCUUAGUGGCUGUUGUAGCCAUCGAAGGCACUAUCAUAAGAUCUAGUGGAACUGGACAAUGGAUGAACACUCAAGAAACCCAAAAAUAUAUGUUAGUUAAUGAUGAAUCUGAUAAUUAUUAUAAUCUUCAUAAUACGAACAUCAACAACAACGUAGACAAAAAUAUUAACAUCGACAGUGGAAAUUACUGGUACCCCAACAUGUACGAAAAGGACUACAGUUUCUUGGACACUUAUGUCGACACAGAAACCUGGGGAAAGAACGACAUCGACAUCAAUCAAACCCCAAAUCUAGGCAGGGGUAUUGUAAGGAAAAUUGCUACUUUGGAAAAAAUGAUUGCAUUGGAACAUCAAAAUUCUAACUUGAUUGGUGUCCAUGAUAUCCAAAACCCAAUUAUUGUUAACCAAGUGGUCGUCAAAAUGUCUCCUUUAUCAAGUAGCCAACAUCAUUUCGUAAAUUUUCAAAGUUGUCAACUGAAGAAUAUCGAAAGUGGUCACUUACAAUACUUAAACAUUAACCCACAUUAUGACAACGUUCAUGUUCAGUAUAAAUUCAACCAACUUUCGACCGUUGGUUUAUAUAAAACCGAUUUGCCUGAAAUUCAAAACGGACAAUUUACCGUCCAAAUGAACCACAUUCAUUGUAACAUAUCUUCCAGUUUCAGUUCAAUUCAAGGAGUCGUCAAACCUGCUCAAGUCGAUUAUGCUGAUGUGUCCGUUACUGACUCACAAGGCCACGAAAUCGUAGAUCUCUACGAGCCAAUAAAGAACAAAUACCUGAGCGUUUUAGAAAAGACCGUUGCCGGUGCAAUAUAUGACUCGACCUACAAGGGAUUAUUAGCAAACCUCAAAAAUGAAAUUAUUACUCCUUUCGAUGCUGUUCAAACUGGUGGAUUCGGUAAGUUGUACGACAUGAGCUGGGUUGAAAACAAUCUUCAAUUGAAAUUAAACAACAUUGGUUCUCAAUUGUUAAGCGUCAACAACAAUAAAAUUGACUCAAUGUCCUUUGUCUACUUAAACACCAACAGUUACAAAUUACGCUUCACCACUGACUUGAACAACCUUCAAUGGACUGGUGACCUUUUAUUGAACUAUAACGGAGAACAAGUUCAAGCCAAUUCAUGUAACUUCAACGCGAACAAAAUUGGCAUAAAUGUAGUAGUUGUCAAGACUGUCAACAACGACCAAUGCCGUCAAGUUAAAGUUGACGUAAACAUCAAUGGUCUUCAACCUAAUUGCAACGGCCAAUUAUCACAAAACCUUGAAACUGUAAUGCAUCAAAAUUUACCCCACUUCAUCAAACAUUCCUUGGAAGCUUACAUGAUAAAAUCCAUCAGCCAAGAAGUUUGUUCGAACCAAAAGUUAUAAACAAAAUAGUAUAAUGUACACCCGUAGUUUUCGAACAUUUUCUAAAUAAAAAAGGUCAAUAAUUUUAAAAACAGAUAAAAUUUUGUUUUUUU